ACUUCUUCAUGAAACUGGAAAUCUAUUGAAGUUUAUAUGGUUUUGUUGUGUUUUGUUAUUUAGAUUUGUUUCCUGUUAUGGUGUUAUUAUAAACAUAUAUUGUUGCUUUAUGCAAUUGACAAUACAAAGAAUUUGUGCUCCACAAGGGGGCCGGAGGAGAGGACAUGUUUCAUUGGACUCAUCACUACUCUGAUUUUGGUCAAAAAUUGACAAGUGCCAAAUAAGGCGUUUUCAGACAAUUUUUUUUUCAACCAUAUUUUAAUAUAAUUUCGUGAUCAUCUAUCUGUCAAACUGGUUUCUAUGUCAAGAUCAAGCCUGAGACCCUCGUCAAUUUGCGCGGAUUGCAGUGCUGCAGAUCCUACUUGGGCCUCUAUAAAUAGAGGUGUUCUUAUCUGUGAUGAAUGUUGCAGUGUCCACCGCAGUUUGGGAAGACAUGUCUCCCAGGUGCGGUCGAUUCGACGAGGUCAAUGGUCUCCAACACAACAUGCAAUGUUGUAUCAGUUAGCGAAUCAUGGUGCUAAUAAUAUAUGGGAACAUCAGUUGAAGGAUCCCUCACAGAAUAAACAUGGUCGUAAAAAACCCUCUUGUAAAGAUCCAUUACAUCCAAAUAAAGCAGAUUUUAUCAGGGCAAAAUAUCAGUUUCUGUCAUUUGUAAAUAAACAGAAGGAAAGUGAUGUUAAUUCUAUAGAUGAUGUCAGUAAGGAACUUCAUUCUAGUGUUCGGACAAAUAAUGUAGAAACUUGUUUACGGUUGUUAUCUAAGGGAGCAGAUCCUAAUUAUUUUCAUAAAGAAAAAGGUAACAACCCUCUACAUGUGGCUGCUCAGGCAGGGCAGGUAGCUCAGGUAGAACUUCUAGUCGUAUAUGGUGCCGAUCCAGGUGCUAUAGAUAUAAACCAGAAAACACCUAUAGAUUAUGCCAGACUUGGUGGUUUUCAUGAUGUGGCAGAUAGAUUAAUAGAAUGUCAGUAUGAACUAACAGAUAGACUUGCCUUUCAUGUUUGUGGUAGGAAACCAGAUCAUAGAAGCGGUCAAAAUUUUAUAAUACCAGAAAUUGGUGAUAACAGUGCCCUAGAUUUAUCAGAAUUAGAUAAACAAGCAAAAAAGAAAUUACAAGCACUUUCCAACCAUUUAUUUGAAGAAUUAGCCAUGGAUGUUUAUGAUGAAGUAGACAGACGUGAAAAUGAUAAAAUUUGGUUAGAAACCCAGGACCAUACUACAGUCAGUGAUCGUACCACAGUUCCUUUUUUACCUGUUAAUCCUGAUCUAUCUACAACUAGAAAUCAGGGGCGACAGAAAUUAGCCAGAUUUAACAAGCGAGAAUUCACAACGUUAAUUAUUGAUAUACUUAACGAUGCCAGGCGGCGACAAACAGGAAUUACCUCCCCUGUUCAAACGCCAAAAGAUCCAAAUAAAUCAUUGAGUUAUAUCGGUCUUCCAUCUAGUGCCAGUCGACAGUCAAAGGUGGCAAGUGCUUUUAGUGACGAGGAACCGUUAUAUGACAGUGUGGCAUCAGAUGAUGAUUACAGUAGUAUUGAUACACGAAGUGUUCAGAGUAUGCGGGUAGAGAUGAAAAAGGACAAACCAGCAGACGUGAAUGUUCUGAGAGGUCUGACUCCAACCUCUAUGAUCUCAUUUACUGAGAGUAUGACGUCGGAAGCUAUCGAAGGUCCUGUCUCCACUGAUGAAUACAUGGAGGUGAAGAAAGCUUUAGCAGGGGCCGAAUCAACCAUUCAAAAUUUAGUCCAUAGAAAAACUGAUUUAGAACAGAAAGUCCAUAUUAUGCAGAGCACAAUUGAAUCUCUACUUCGUGAGAAUGCGUCGCUACGUGAUGUUAAAAUUGAUAGAACGAGUGAUGAUGGUCAGGUACUCAAUGGUUACGGUAGAGAAGAAGAUGAUGAAAUCAGUCAGGGUUUAAUAGAAGGAAAAUACGAACUCAAAGUUGUCAAAGCUCGACCGCAAUCCAUGUUUGAGGCCAGAGACAAACUUAGAAGUUCUCAGAGGAAUAGUGAUGGUAAAGAUGAUCAGAUUAUGACAGCUAUGUCUGUUAGUAAUAUACAUCUGGGUGAAAAUCAGUUAAGCCUACAAUCAGAAGAACCAACACUGUCAGAGUCUGAUCGUAUCAAUGCUAACGUUAAAGAUCCCGAUUACGAUAUGUUACGACAAGACCAAGAUCCAAUCAGGGGUGAUAUAGCGUCUAGUAUGAUAGAUUCUACAUCUAGUAUACAGAGUAUGCCUGGUGCUGUAGCUAUACCAUUAGUUCUACCAGUACAGGAAGAUGUUGUCAGAAAAACAGAAAAAAUUACCAAACGAAUACAAGAACUUUUAAUACGGGCACAAGAAGGCAAUGUUGAAAGUUAUAACCCAUGUUCAGAUAGAAUAUAUAUGGCUGUAACAGAAAUGGAUAGUCUCUUUCCUAAGAAAAUACAGGAGGAAGAGGUUUAUCAUGCUCUACAGUUGCUCAAAGAUAGUGCUGCCCGCUUGAAGGAGGAAUGUCGCAAACUAUCUUCUUCCUCGAACAUAAAACAAUCCACAAGUCAAGUUAUACAAUGUGCUUAUGAUGUUGCCAAAGCUGCCAAACAAUUAGUCACAUUAUUUCAAUGAUGAACUCAUUCUCUGUGUAUUUAUAUUGUAUACUAAGUUAAGUUUUUGCUCCUAUAUAUAACAAAUCAGCUAUUUAUAAUAUAGAAAAGUGCAUGUACAUAACAUCUAUAUACAUAAUAAUAGAACCAGAUAGAGUAGACUACUUUCAAGAAUUUCAGGUUAACAAUUGAGAAUUUAAGAUAACAGCUGAGAAUUCCAGGUUAAUAACUAAGAAAUUCAGGUUAACAACUGAGAAUUCCAGGUUUAAAGCUGAGAAAUUCAGGUUAACAGUUGAGAAUUCCAGGUUAACAACUGAGAAUUUCAGAUUACAACUGAGCAUUUCAGGUUAUCGGCUAAAAAUAUCAGGUUGACAAUGGACUUUUUAUACUGAAAAUCAGUCCAUGUAAUAUGAAUGUUUGAGUAGUCUGUAUUGAGAGUGUCUGGCAACUUGGAAAUCAGAAUCAGUGGGAUUAAAAUACAGGUCUAUAUUUUAUUUUUUAUACUUUCGAUGGUCUCCACUACAUGAAGAUCUAACCGGGUGUAGUGGGAGGUCGUGUCAGAGUUCAUACGAACGACUUUUGACCCUAUGAUGUCAGACAUUUGAUUAACCAAUCAGCAUUGAUGUUUCUAGUGGGAUACCCACAGUUUCAUUCAUGUCACGCCAAGAACUCGCUGCAACAGUCUGUUUUUCAUUGGCUAAUCAACCAGAACUAGAACAUAACUUCCAGAUCCUAGUGUAGUAAAGACAAGUAAAAUGAAAUAGGAUCUGUGUUUUAAUCAGAUUGAGUUAGAGUAAGCUAUUUCUGAGAAUUUCUUCAUAAGAAAUCUGUCUUAGUAAAGGAAAAUUUGAGAAACCAUUGUGUAUUGAAGCAAUAGCUGGAGUAUUAAUUGUGCUUUUAUGCUUAAUCAUCAAUCAUGCCUUCAUGCUUGGACCACAAUGACUCAUGGGUUUAUGCCUGAUCAUAUAAGGAUAUUAAUUAAUUUAGAUUUCAUGGUUUUAUAUCUUGAAUAAUAACAGUAUCAAGAUUAUUAUUGGCUUGGGCCUGCUGGAUACCCGGAGCUUCAUCAUUCAGACAGCUGGAAUGGCAAUUAAAUGACAAAUGGCCAUAUGAAUCAGGAAUAGGUGCCUAAUUCUUAUAUUGGUGCAAGUUUGAUUCACUAAGCGCUACAGCUCAGCUUGAGCAAUGUUUAAACAACGAUGAGCCAUAGGCCAGUAUGCCCAGAUGUACUCACAUAAAGAACUCAUGGAAGAACCAGAUCUAAAAACAUCACAAGAGCUGAAACUGUGGAUCAAUUUGUCGAAGACAAAACCUCCUUGUAAAACCAAAUAUCUUGUUUAUUUAUAAAUGAUCAUAUAUUAUCAGUUGCCUACUGAACAAUUCAUACAUCACUGUAUAUAUUUUACUACUCAUUGCUAUAAAACCUCACUCAGAUCUUCGUAUAUUCAUCUUUUUUUAUUCUGAACUGAAACAUGUUUUUGGUUUAAUCUUGACUGUCUCAUAUUGAUUGUGUCAAUCAUGGAAAUUAAUCUGCACUCCUCAUGUGUCCCAUUGGUUUGCUUGCAUUGAAAAUAUAUGUCUGCUUCCGAUUUUCCUGUAGUACCUUAACAUCAUAGAAUACUUCAUCUGGUAAAGCUAAUAAAACUGAAGUAACUACUUUUCUUCAUAUGUUUCAAUAGAGUCAGAAAUUUAUUUGGACUAAAUAUGACUCUGUUAUCAGCUACCUAGAGUGAGGAAUUCAUGAGGUUGUUUCAAGAUGUAUUAGAUGCUAUUAGAUAUUUAGAAGGAGCUUAUAUGUUUUAGUUGGCUUAACUUCAUUGUGCAUGAUAUUAUUAUAUAAGUAUACAUAAAUAUACAAUAGUAAUUGGGCUGUAUUCUAUUGUAAAGUCUAAACCUUCAAGACUAAUGUUUUUAAAAGAUUGCUAAAGUCUUGAGAGUCUAAAUUGUAUAACAGAAUAGAGCUUCGUAAUAAUAUUAAGGAAUUGAUCAUUUAUCUGAAAGGAAUUAUAUUUUUACGGUGCCUUUUAGUAUUAUACUUGCUACUCAAUACUGUGCUAAUAUAUCAAUGAAAUGAAAUGAGGUUAAAGGCCCUACUUUUCUGAACUGACUGGGCUAAUGAAAUUGUUUAAUAUAUUAAAUAGUUUCUGUAACAAGUCUUUGAUCAUAAUUUGACAAUACCAGAAUGAUGCUGUGUCACAUGGUACAGUUAUUGUAACAAUGUAGGUAAUACAUGUGUGCCUCCAGCUCUGUGCCUGAAUCUUAUACUCUGUCUAUAUUCAUUCUUUAUUAAUCCACUGCUUGAUUGUCCCAAAAUAUGCAUGAAAUAAUUCCUCACUUUGACUCUUUAUAUGUAUAUAAACCCUAUAUAUAUAUAUAUAUCUAUAUGACUUAAUUAAUCGAUUACUGUCUAUAAAUAAAUAUAGAUUGUUUCAAUAGCAUUUAAUAAUACUGGAGAUAUACAGACAUAAUGCUAUGGAAUACAACUAUUGAUUAUUACUGAGCAACGUUUCAUCAACUAGGACUCUCUAGUCGUUAUCAAGUAAUUUUAUUCCAUAGAACUAUGCUCCAGGUAGAUAAAUAUAAAAGAUAUGAUCAUUGUUAAUUUGAGACUAUCGUAAAAUAUAAAGCUUACAACUCACUGUGGUAGUCUUUCUUUGAAUUAACUUUAUUCAGUGGUAUUUGAAAUAAAUUUUUCUAAUUGUUUAUUAGUUAAAGAAAGAAUGGCAGAUCAAUUGUUUUAUUUAAUUCAUUUGUGUAAUUUAUUCAACAUAUAUACAUCCUCCAUACACAUCUGGGGUCUUAUUCACAAAAACUUAAAACUAAUACUUUUUUUAAGAAUACAGAUCUUUGAUUGGGCCAGGGCUAAAUUGUGUACUGGGAUUUUAACUCUCAACGAAUAAAAAGGUUGUAUACUUAGAAUAUUUUAGUUUAAGUUAUCAUCAAUAAGACCCCUGGAUGGGUCAAUUUUUACCACAGAAUUCAAGUUAUUUCUUUUCUUUUAUUUAUUUGAAUAUUACUCAAAUUCCCUUUCAUCUUCAACAUCAAAAUAACAUAUUAUAUUGUGAAGUAAGUUAUUUAAUUCAUCUUCAAUUGUACAAGCCAGUUCUUUGAAUAAGGAGACCAGUAGCAUAACCAGGCGGGCACAAGCACACCUUUCAGGAGAUGAAAGGUUAAGUUUGUGCACAGCGACUCCUCUGAAGCAUUUUGGCUAUGCCACUCCAACCGGUUUGCUUCCCGGCAAUUUGAUCUUUGGUAUACAUGUAUUUAUAUAUUAACAAUAAAAUGUAUACACGGAUGAAUGAUUUAUGACCUUUAACCCUGCAUGAAUGUAGAAUGGCUAGAUGAUGAUAAUAUAUGCAUGUUGUUAUUUGUUGUUUGCUUGAGUCAUCUUUUUGAUAUUGUAAUUGUUGUUAGUGUGUGCAUGCAUGGUUGUUGACCUUUUAUUAGGUGUGUUCUUAUUUAAUUAUUACACCAUUUAAUGUAGCUAUAGAUUAUUAUGCAAAUUAUAUCUGCAACUUCAGUAUGAUUUAACUGGAGGUUGUCAAUUAAAGGGUAAAAUUCUCCAAUGUCUACUUUCACUUUUUCCACAAAAGUUUAAUCCACUUCAAACGACUGAGAAUGGCUUCACAAAUAAAUCUUUAGAGUGGGACUAUUACUAACCACACCAUCAGGAGCAGUAAACCAAACAGCUGAAUGCAAAUUUGAAUGCAGACAUUUCAGCAGAAUCUAAUUUAAAGGAGAUGGUCAGUCUAUUUCUAUAAAUGAUAAGGAUGUAAUAUUGAAAACUUUCUUGGCAUCUGUAUUGCUGCGCUACAUUUGAACAAUUGAAAGACAUGGUAUUUUACUGUAUUUUUUAAUUAAAGGCAGCACAUGCAUGAGGCCACUUAAGUAGCUGUCAUUAACUAGGUUUUAUUAGAAUAUAGAAACAGAGGGACCAUAACCUUUAAUUCAGGGUGAUGAAAAAGUGGACAUUGUGCAAUGAAAUCCUAGUAUCUUGUUGCAAAGUGGUUAUGAUCAAUAAGUAAAAUGUUUUACUUUUGAAUUGAUAAGUAGGUCUUCUGUAUUCAGGUUUUGCAUGCAAGUAGAAUUUUAUAAGUGUAAUUGCAUGAAGAUUUAUAAUAUUAUGAUAAACCAUAGUAAGUUAAACAUAUGUAUUGUGUAGAGAAAUAAUAAUAUUUAGAGAAUAUUAUAUUAUUAAUGUACUUAUUGGUUGAAGUACUAGCAAUAAUUCUGCUGAGGAAAUGUGUAUCUUAAAAACCUAACUUUUAGAAUGCCAAGGCCAGACCAAUUUGAUUUUCUGUUCUUCAGAGUCUGGAUAAAUAAAUAGCAGCUUCAAUCCCAUGAAAUAUGUUGUUUGAAAUUCAAAACUUAAAAAUUUGGAACUAAAAGCUCUUGAACAGCACAACCAAGUAUUUUGGUGUUUUAAUUAGGUUUUUUUUCUUAAAGAAAUAAAGAAGGAAAAUGUUUGCAGGUGUUCCCAAAAACAGAAAAUCAAAUUGGUGUGGCCUAAAUCCCCAUGUUAUCAUGUACUGAUUUUAUCUUACCAUUGAUUGUAAAAAAAAAUAAAUAAAAAUGUUUGUUUACAUAAGGAAACCAGAAGUAGUUUUUAAACCAUAUACAUGUAUAAAUAAAUUUCAAUACAAAUGGUUCAUAAUAAUAGUUUAGCAUGGCUUUUACUGUAUGCUUUAUUUAUCAUUUAUCUUGAAUAUAAAAUAUAAUAAAACUUUUAUAAUAUCAUUAAUAUCAUGAAAUACAUCACCUGUAAGAAGUCACCUGUCAGCAUUGUAAACAAACUAUUGUACAUUUUCUCUACUUUAAAUUAUCAGGAUUUCUUAAAUUAAGUUACCUAUAUGUGUAAUUAACAAAAUCUAUGUUUGAUAACAUAAGAUCUAUUAUUCCAUUUAUUAAAUAAUAACUUUAACUAGACAUUACAGCCAUGGCUGUCUGACUCAAAACCCAAACAAAUUUACGACGUACAUGGAUGUUAAAGGGUUAUCAAGCAGUAGGUCUGAGAUUUAAUCCAUUUUGGCCAAUAUCGCCUUCACCAAAUUAAAUAUCUGAAAGUCCAAAUUAAAGAUUUUCUAUUUACAGUGAUACCUAGUGGAAAUAAGUGCAUGGUUUUACCAAGAUACUAUUUUUACAUGUAAAUGGAAUAAUAUACCAGAUCUUUUCACAGUGGGGGGGUUGGCAUGGCCGAAUGGUUAGCACGUGCGUGCUGUAUCAUAAGGCCUGUCAUUGAGUCAACUGGCGUGGUUUCGAAUCCCCGGCUGUACGUGACAAGGAGUAGGGUCGCCUGUCCAACCUCGUGGGUUUUCCCCGGGUCCUCCGGUUUCCUCCCACUGCUAAAGACCCCUAUGCGCAAGUGAAUUAUUGAAAUAAAAUUAAACCAUAUGUUAGUCCCAAAAUGACCUAGUUUGUGUCGAGUGGACAUUAAACCCCAUUUCUCUCUCUCUCUCUCUCUUUUCACAGUGACACCCACCUAGGGGAGUUACAUGUUUAGUUUUACAUGUAAAUGGAAUAAUAGACCCGAUCUUUUCAAAUAAAAUUUGUGAGUUACAUGCGGGAAGAGAACCUGGUAGUUUAAUAUUAUAUUGUGCAAAGAGCAAGUUCUAGUCUGAUCAUUGUAUAGAAAACUGUGUAUAUUAUAAUAUAUGUUGGCUGUAUUUAGCUUUUGUUAGAAGCCAUUUUUAUGUGCACUACUUUUCUUCAUAUCCUUUAUGACAAUAUUCUAAUAACUAUAAUAACACUGUAGUACCAUAUGAAGUUAAAUAUAGAUAAAACACCAUUUCUAAUAAUAUA